UUGAUUUGAUAACGUGCGUUUUAAAGCGGCAUGACCAUAUGGGUAAUGAAUGACAGUAGCACGGAAAUAUAGUGGUUGAUCGUUUCUGAUGAACUGGAAACUUUUAGAGCUGGCACCGCAAAAUAUUGAUAACAAAACGUUGGAAAAUCAGCGCACUGAGCUUUUGCUCAGAAAUGACUGCAAUCAACGGGAAAGGGAAGGACCAAGUCAUAUUUGUUACCAAGGAAGAACAUGAAAUUCCUAGCACUGUGAAACUGGUUGAGGACGAUCCAAAUGAGGACCAUGAAGAACAAGGUCUCAUCUUGCGUAGUGGUGAGAUAAAUUGGGACUGUCCGUGUUUAGGGGGGAUGGCAAGUGGAGUGUGUGGCGAGCAGUUUAAGACUGCAUUCACCUGCUUCCAUUAUAGUCAAGAAAAAGUGAAGGGUUCGGACUGUCUAGAGCAGUUCAGAAGCUUGCAGGAUUGUUUUCGGCAACAUCCCGAAAUAUUCCCUCAAAAAGAUGAUCUUCAGAGUGACAAUCCCGGAUCAGAUGCAGAACAAAAAGACUCCCCUUCCAUCUCUGACUUCAGCACAAGCAAAGAGUCUGACCCUCUACCCACUGAGACAAAUGAUAUGCCUUCACAGCUGCCUGUAGCUAGUUAAAUUGGAGAACAACCAAUCUCUUAUUCCACUCUUAUUAUUUAUAUGUUUUUAGCAAGACUGAUAAAUUCAGAAAGUGACAUAACAUAGACUAUAUAUUUUCCAAAACAUUUUAUGUUCAGAUUAAAUGUGAAAUCCUGAAAUAUAUAACAUGAUAUCUUAAAAAAAUAUUGGACCAUCCAGAAAAAAUAACCAUAUAAAGGCUGUUUUGAAAAACUUCUCUUAUAGUGUGUUCUGGAAAAUAUUAACUUCAUAUUCAAUUUUGUUCUUUUUUUAUCCACCUUAUUCUUCAACGCGGAAGUAAGUCUAUGGGUAAGACUUGUGGUUCAUAAGCCGCUAUAGGGUAAUAAUGAGAAGAAUAACAACAUGCAGUAAACAAGCUGUUUUGUACAGAUAAAUAUAGCUGGCCGUGGAUGAGACCAAAAGCCAAACCCAUAAAAUGUACAAAAAAUAAGGUGGAUACUCCUUUUUCACUUUUUGCUCUGUUUUGUUACUACAAUAAACGUAACCUAAGUGUAAAUUUAUUACAUACAUACUUACGUCUGUAAAAGUGUGUGAUGUUAACUGGGACAAAUUUGUGUCAAACAUGGUAUCUGAGCAAGUACAUGUAAAUUAGGGGUGACCCCGAAUAGUGGUAGGAUGAGCCUGAUUCCACUACCAAUCUCACAUUCGAAUCUUCGCAAAGGUGUUAUGAAACGAGGAUCAUGCCAUUUAGACUAUAUGGGGGUGAUCAAUGUGUAAUUUCACAUAGCAACUACCAGUUUUCUCCCAGUAAAUGAAUAUACAACCUAUUAUAAUAAUGCUGUAAACAAGAAUGUGAAAAUAAACAAAGAAGCUUUUAAUAAA